CUCUAUGAUAAGGUUUUAAUUUUAAAUCUUUCUUUAUGGCGAAGGAGAGGCCUCUACCCGGACUCCAUCUAUACCGGGGCUCUUAGACUUAAAUCAUGCCCAAGUUCAAGCAACGAAGAAGAAAGCUAAAAGCCAAAGCAAAAAGAUUAUUCAAAAAAAGAGAAGCCUCUCACUUUCAGCCCAAGCUAAUUACACCUCCUCCUCCGCCACCCUCACCAGAAAGAGUGGUUAUUUCUUCAGGAGAUACAUCCCUUAGCAGAAGCCGGCUAAGACCAUCCUGGAACUUCAGAUUUCCCAGUAUCAAAGAUACUGUAAAACUUUGGACAAAUAGAGUGUGGUCUAUAUACAGUUGGUGCCAGAACUGCAUGGCCCAGAGUUUAGAAGUAUUGAAAGACACCGUCUUUCCAUCCCGUUUCUGCCAUCGAGAACUUCACAGUCUAAAACAACGGUUUUGCAUUUUGGAAAGUGAAUUAUGCAAGCUCCAGGAAACACUGAAGACUGUCUUGGAAAAAUCUUCCUGCCCAAGCUGUGGCCAAACAUUUACAGAUGUGCCUGCCUGUGUGCUAACCACCCCUGGAGAAUCGCGGGCUGUACUUCCUCCCACUCUGCCACAGCCAGCCAGCCACCUUCCAGCUGCGCCUCCUCCACCACCGCCCCCACCUCCUCCUCUGCCUCCGCCACCACCGCCUACAGCACCUGUGCCGCUCAGAAGAUCUGAUCGCACUAAAGCACUUCAGGCUGGACCAUUAAAAAAAGAGGGACCCAUGCAGAUAACAGUUGAAGAUCUACUGACUGUGAAAUUAAAGAAGACACAGUGUUUUGAUGAAAGGAAGGAGCUUGUACCGUCACCAAAGGCACAGAAUCCACUAGUUACUGUCUCUGACCUGCAGCAUGUCACCCUGAAGCCCAACUCCAAAGUGCUAUCAACUCGAGUUACAAAUGUCUUGAUUACCCCUGGUAAAGGCCAAAUAGAUCUGCGGAAACUACUUAGAAAAGUUGAUGUAGAGAGGAGCCCAGGUGGAACCCCAUUUACCAAUAAAGAAAAUAUGGAAACAGGAACUGGGCUGACUCCAGUAAUGACCCGGGCCUUGAGGAGAAAGUUUCAGAUGGCUCACCCUAGAAGCCCAACUCAAACUCUACCACUUUCUACAAGCAGCUUUGAUGAACAAAACUGAUGCCAACUCUGCCUGACACCACAUGAUGAUCCAUAAAAUACACAGAUAAAAUCACCCCGACCCUUUUUUUUUAAUGUAGUAGGGUGUGUAUAAAUAAUUACACUAAUAUAUAAUUCCAUUUGAAGAAUUAAAGUAUGUACGGAGCCCCCAUACAUACUGUGGUAUAAAGUGGGUAUUUGGGUAUUUUUUUAGUUUGCAUGAUCAAUAAGAGAACAGAUGGGAAAAUGCAUUCCCCAAAGUGAUGUUUAUUCUGGAAUUACCCAAUUUAGGUUGGAGAGGUUGUUCAAAUUUAACUAGAUAACAAAUUUAUACUCAGUAGGUGCAGUUUUGACAUUAAUAACCUGAUUCCUUAAAAAAUAAAAUGAAAUAACCCGAUUCCCAUUCUCCUUGAGUAUUCUCAGGUAAUUAAAAAGAAAAGUAUUUCAGCCUGUAAAAGCUAAUGCAUUCACUAAGUGCUACAGACUUGAUCAGUAAAAAAGAUCCUCUAGAUUUGAUUUCUGUUUACUGUAAACAGUUAAGAGGUAAGACCGUCCUCCAUCCCAACCCAAUUAUUUUCCAAAUGGAUUUGAAGUAAAAUGUCCAAUAUAACUUAAAAAUUAGAAUGUACCAUUUCUAGUGGUUAGAAAUGAUAUUUAGGUAGUCAUAUCUGGUUCGCUGAAGUCUGAGAUAUUCCUUUCUUUGAUAUUUUCUGUCCAUAUUCAUGCAGCUUAUUUUAAGUUUUAUGAGGAUCUCAACAUGAACCUUGUAUUUUCCACAGUGGCCUGCCAAGGAUUAUCUGAAGUCCAUAGCAGAUUCUCUAUGAGACCUAAUUCCUGUCCUCAAUAGCCAAUAGCUUCAGUAACAGUAAUAAUGCACACCUCACUGGAUUUUUGUUCUUUCCUGCCCGUCCAGGGUUGCCAGAUUUAGCAAUUAUAAAUAUAUGACAGCUAAAUUUGAA